CGCCGGCGCAUUUAGUUAAAUAAGGCUAUUCUAGUUAUAAGCGGUUGAACGUAUAUUGUCUGCGCUCUGGUAACAUACAUUGGCAGCUGGAUUCUGAAAGCCACAUCACAGCCACUGCAGCACCUGCCCACUCCAUCAUUGAUCACUGCAUACACCACCCACCAGCGCCAUGUCGGGGGAGGCGGCCGUCGAGGACGAGGGCACCGUCCAGCUGACGGUUAAGUGGAGUGGCCAGGAGCUGGACGUGCGCCUGCUGGCCACCGACACCGUGGCCGACCUGCGCGACGCGCUCUGUCUGCGCACGCGUGUGCUGCCGGCGCGCCAGAAGCUGCUGAACCUGAAGCUGGGCGGGCGGCCGGCGCCCGACUCGGCCGAGCUGGGCGCGCUGGGGCUGCGGCCGGGCGCGCGCAUCAUGAUGAUGGGCAGCCCGGAGGAGGCCAUUGCCGCCGCCAACGAGGUGCCCGAGGAGGCGGCCGGCGUGCUGGACGACUUCUUCGAGGAGGAGGGCGGCGAGGUGCCCAUCCACCUGCGGCCCGAGUACGUGGCCAAGGUGGAGAGGCGCGUGCGCGACUACAAAGUGGAGGUGAAGAACCCGCUGCGGGAGGGCAAGCGGCUGCUGGUGCUGGACAUUGACUACACGCUGUUCGAUCACCGCAGCGUGGCGGACAGCGGCAGCCAGCUGAUGCGACCGUACCUGCACGAGUUCCUGACGUCGGCCUACCGCGACUACGACAUUGUCAUCUGGUCGGCCACCUCCAUGCGGUGGAUUGAUGAGAAGAUGCGGCUGCUGGGCGUCAGCGCGCACCCCGACUACAAGAUCGCCUUCCACCUGGACAACUUGGCCAUGAUCACGGUGCAUUCGGAGCACUACGGAGUGACCGAGUGCAAGCCGCUGGCUGUGAUCUGGGGUAAGUUUCCGGACACGUCGGCGGCCAACACCAUCAUGUUCGACGACGUGCGUCACAACUUCCUGAUGAACCGGCAGAGCGGGCUGCGCAUCCGGCCGUUCCGGCAGGCGCACCAGAACCGCGACAAGGACGUGGAGCUGCUGCUGCUGGCGCGCUACCUGCGCUCGAUCGCGCGGCUCGAGGACUUCGGCGCGCUCCGGCACCGCGACUGGGAGCGCUACCUCGAGAGGCACCCGCCACCCGAGGACUGACGAGCGCGCGCCUAGAGGCGAGGCGGCUUGCGCUGGCGCAAGGCGCGCAGCCUCCGCACCGCUGAGCGGGCGUACUGGGUUGAGUGGGAAGUUCACGUGUGUGCGUUCACACCUGCUGCUCGCCUCUGUGCGACUGACGGGGUUGGGACGGAAGGCGAGCGGCACUUUUGUGGCGAGAUGUACGCCCUGCGUCUGUGCGGCGGACCGCGGCGUGAAGACAGGUCAGAUGGAACCUCACGCGGUCGAGGAGAAACUUUGCCUGCGAGAUUUUCUCCUCCCGGAAAAGCGUGCGUAUAGUUUCUGUGCUUUAAAAUGCUUCAAUCCUUGCGCGACAUGUGCAGUAUCAACGUCUACGCCGCAGCUGGCGACGUUAUAUAGAUGUGGUGCUGGCGAUCGGAAUGGCUACCAAAAAAACAUUGGAAAAUUGGAUGGUGACACGUGCUGUCAUGUGAUUUUUCAUCAGUUUCCAUUUGUUCCUAAAUUGAAAUGCCGGCCUGACUUUUGGAAAGAUAGCGAUCCGAAAUAAUUAUAUGGCGGAUGCGUGCGUUAUAGAGUCUCAGUAUGCCCAACGGCUGUCUGAACAUGUCUGUUCUAAUGCUCAUCAUUCUGUGAUUUCGGUGUGCAUCGCUUCAGUCACGCACAUACGUGCCUGGGAUGUGAACAUGUCCGCACUGCGCUCUCACUCGAACUCGUCACGUGCCCUGUGUCGUAAAUGACAUCACGUGACCUACAAUCGGACGACCGUCUCGCACGCUACACUAUGGUACUUCCAGCUCGCUUGUCGCCCGCGCUCUGCUGCUGCGCCGUCAGGAUGUCAGUGGUGGCAGCCGGCUGUGGAGGCGGCGGAGGUGGCCAGCCGCGCACGCGCAGCACGGCUGGGCGCCUGUCAGCACGCCGUGACCUGGCGCGUGCGCGCCGCGGGCCCUGUCCGGCACGGACUCGCGUAGGCCUGGAGCGUGCGUGGCCUGGGCCCUGUCCGGCACGGACGCGCGUGGACCUGGAGCGUGCGCGACGCGGGCCCUGUCCGGCACGGACGCGCGUGGACCUGGAGCCGAUCAGGGGCCUCGCGAUUCAUGCACAACGAGCUGGUAAUGUACAGUGUAUUGCACUUGCUUUGGUCUGUGUCGCGUGUCUGUGAAGAUGCGCACAGCACCUGCAGGUCUGGUGGUUAGACAAGUGGUGGUUGGUGACCUUCAUACAGCGGUGGACCUCAGUCGGUUGUGCCCGGGUGUGCAUGGUUGGUUGGUUGGCAGCCGGAUAUCGAUCAGGCGGCCGUGGUCGCCAUGGUUCUGUGGUCUAGUUGCGCGGUGCCGUCGAUGGACAGAGUUAUAAAACGGAAGUACAUCUUGACGCUAGCUGCAUGAUGCUAGAAUCGCUUUCUCGGGCGUUUUUUUUUUUUGCUUUUGGCUAUCAGAGCGGCAUUGGGGAGAACGCAGAUGGUACCGGACCAUUUCAUUGUGUUGACCGACAUGUGGUUUCGCUACAUGUUUUAAGCCCGCUUCAGCUCGCUGUUCGGUCGGAAACGCGCAUUCAUUUACCGCAUGUUAUACUGCUGCGCAUUAUGUUUUUGUACAUACGUUUCCAGAUUCGACGCGCACGAUGCUUUU